ACAAUGUCGACCGUCACCAACAGAAUCGUCCAACGCAGCAAUAUCGGCUUCACACAGGGGGUCAACUAUGGCGAUAAUGUUUUCUACGACGGCAACAAACCAGAAUUGACCCCAAAGCACAUCGCACUUGAGACGCAUAAAAAGAUAAAAGCGGAAUGGGAGAUUGCUGGAACCUGCGACUGGCUAUUGCAAGAGAAUGAUUUCCAGUCAUGGAGAAGACUGGAGACGGGUUCCUCCUUCCUAUGGCUCUAUGGUCCUCCUGGAUGCGGGAAGUCAACUCUGAUGUCUCGUGUCAUUGAAAGCAUUUAUGAGGAUCAAACUGCGGCAGGAGUCCCUGGUGACCGUAUCAAUCUAUUGUACUUUUAUGUCGGUUUUGGUGAUGAUAACAACAGGGAGAAGCUCUAUCGAAGCAUGCUGGAAACAUUCUGGGAGCAGGCGGUGAAGAAAUCCGAAGCACGAUCUAUGAAUGUAUUCGGAAAUCAUUCCCCUCCCGAGUUGAUGCAAGAUGAGCUACAUAAACUGCUGGCUUCAUCUUCAUUGCAAGGUGACAUAUACAUGGUCAUUGAUGCAUUGGAUCAACUCCCCCAAGAAUCCCAGUACUCGCUGAUUGAGGGACUCAAUACCUUGGUACACAAGCUCAAUCUCGAAACGAGCCGCCGGUUUCGUGUAGCCAUUAGCUCACGAUAUCUUGAUGGAAUAGAUCAGCUGCGAGUGCAUAGGCUGUUUCCCCUAGUCAUUAAAGUCACACCAGGGAGCAAUAAACUGGAUAUUCAAAGAUAUCUGGAUCGGAAUCUCAAAUCGAAGCUUUUUGACAAGAAUCCAGAGCUUCGGAAACGGGUCUUUGAUGAAUUAAACGAGAAUGCCGAUGGAAGGCGAGUAUCACUUUCCAUUUCCACGGUCACCAGCUAAUAGAAUCUAGGUUCUUGAUGGUUCAUCUGCAAACAUUGAACAUCUGCAACAUGAGAAUGAAAAAGCAAGUCCUGGAUGCUCUGAA